UCGAAUGAUAACCAUAGAACAUAUACAUAACCAUAAAACUGUUUAAGAGGCAAAUUUAAAAUAAAUAAAUUUUCUGGCUUUGAGUUUUAUCUUUUUAUGUUAUAAAUAUGUCCGAACAUGGUGCUUGUUUACAGACUUAUAAUCAAGAAUUAGUUAAAUGUUUGGAAGAGUUGAAAUCGAAUAGAGUAGGUCUUGUAGAAAUAAUAAAGAGAGAAGAGUCUGAACAAGCUGUUUUAGAACGCAACAUAUCCGUGUUACAGGAGAAGCUGCAUAAUAUUCAAAGUAAAUUAAAAUACCAUAAACAACUUUAUGAUGAUUACACUAGUACCAUACAAGAGACUGAAGCAGGAUUCAAGAAGAUAUUAGAGAGCAGUCAGACACUUCUUAAUCUUGUUCAGCACCAAGCUAAUAAACUUAAAAAUAAUACGUCCAAUUAAAAAAAAUUAAUUUAAUUCACAAAAUUACCUGAUACUGGAAAACAUUUUUUAUUACAAUCAAAAAGAAAAUCACAUGAGAUGAUUCAACAUAAAUGAAUUUCAGAGGAUUCAAUUCAAACUUGUAAACAAACUAUCAAUAUAUACAUAUCAGACUUAUAAUU